CAAUAUCCUUUCCUCAAGAAAUCUAAAAAAUGGCGCUAUACAUUUCAACCUUCACCAAUUUAGCAGUUGCAAUUCCCUCCAAAAUUCCAAUCUUGAAUCAUCCAAUCCAACCCAAACACUCUUUUCAGCUUCAUUUCCCAAAACCCAUCUCAAGAAAACACUUGUCAGUUCCUCACAGCGCAAUACAUCCUGAAAAAUACGUGUAUCCUGACCCAAUCCCUGAAUUUGCGGUUGCUGAGACGCAGAAGUUCAGGGCCGAGCUCUUGAAGAAACUGUCCAAGGAAAAGGAGACUUUUGGAGAUGAGCUUGAUGAUGUUGUUAGUGUUUGUGCUGAGGUAACUGUUGCUCAUGGCGGAGAAGAGUUAUGGGGUUGUUAUAGCUCAGAGCGGAUUUUCAUUUGAGGUUUCUGCUGAUCAUGGUUGCUUAUGUUUCAAGAUACCUGCUUCCUCCCUCUACUUCUUGAUAGUUUCAUGUAGGAUGAAGGGAAGAGCAUAGGAAACCGAUGGAAAAGGAACUGAUUUCAUUAAACAUGGCCUAAACUUAAAAUUCAUUAAUAAUAAGAUGCAAUAAGCUGGAAGUGAGCCCUUGGCAAAUCUAUCGUAGUUUUACUAUAAUUCUUAAUUUUGAACGUACAGCCCUGGAUCGUUUACUUUCAAGGGACAGAAUCGGAGCUUAUUGCAUAGAAAAGAACAAUUUUUACAGUUUUGGUUCGGAUAUUAGAAGAUAAGUGCAUUUUAAGCCAGCUGAACAGAUGCAGUAAGUUCUGCUUGGCAUACUGGAAAUUGAAUGGGAUUUGAGUGUAGGGAGUUUGUCCAGUUAAGUCUGUAGGGAUCAUAAAGCUGUCUUCCAAUCGAUGCUAGAAUACUGAUGUUCAUAGCUGUUUUUGUGGAUUUCUUGAAGAUUAAAAAACAGAAUUCAUGUACUUGCAGUAUAUAGUCCUCAUUUGAUAAAAAUUUGGGUAUGGUUAAUGCUAUGUGGAGAGUACAAGAGGAAUAUACAACAGACAUUGUCAAAAAUAGACUCAUCACUGGUCACUAGUGACUGGUAUUAGUUGGCCAAUUUAAGAGCAUCUAAUGGUCUUUUAGGAUAGAUUUUAAUUUGACAAGGAAAUGAUGCUCUGGAAGAAAAUAAACGCUGCAAUCUAAGUUAGAUGCAACUUCGCCAAGUUUACGUUACAGAACAUGUCAAAACACUAUUUCAUUUUCCUUUUUCUAAGAGGUAGUAAACUGUUUUCUUACCUAUAACUACGUUAAGAGUACUAGUGUAAGAAACCAUUUUUUUUUUGGUUUCACGGACUAGUUCCUUAGGAUGAGGAUGACUUUACUCAACCAAAUAUGAUUAGGUGUAUGAAUUCCUUU